AUGGCCGAAGAUGAUCCUCACUUGUCAUUGACCACACCCGAUGCUCCCAUCGGCUCUUCAACUUCGCACUUCUACCCGUUUGCAACAUCUCCAGAUAUCAUUCGUGCCCAUGAAAAGGAUGCCUAUCUCACUAGCGGGCUGGUCCAGCAAGUCCAAUCCAUCAUACGAGCUCUCCGCGGCGCACGGUACGCUCACACCCACUCCGACGCGAUCAAGCAUCUCACCGAACUCCUCUACUUCUCCCUCACCACCGCCAUCGGCAACCGCACCCUCGGCGAGGAAUACUGCGACCUCGUUCAACUAGAAGAUGAUACCCUGCGGUUACCAGCAAUCACACGCCGUGUUGGGUACAUUCUCAGCAGUAUCCUUGUCCCAUGGUCUCUGCAGCGAUUGCUGCCCGCGCUGCGGCAGCGUGUACGCCAUAAGCUCGAGCGAAGUAUCGCCAAGCAGCAGCUUCGAGCAGCGCAGCAAGCGAGUCUACUCAAUUUGAAAAAACCCGCCUUCAGCACAAACACGGCGGUCGAGAAAGCGAAAAAACCAUUCUUCACAAAACUCCGCCUCCAACAAUACCUGCUCGACCAUCUGGACUCGAUCACCUCGGUCUCGCCCAUCUACGCUCUCAGUAUUGCGACCUUCUACUUCACCGGCUCAUACUAUCACCUCUCCAAACGCAUCUGGCGUCUACGAUAUGUUUUCACAAAGAAGAUCGAGGAAAGCGAACAACGCAUCGGAUAUGAGGUCCUCGGCGUGUUGAUGGUAUUGCAGAUUGCGGUGCAGGGAUUCCUGCACGUGCGCAAGCUGGCAACCACGAUGAACGAGGAGCAAGAAGAUCCCGGUGCCAAAACGGGGGAGGCAUCGUCCGAGGCAGGGGCGCUCAUUGCCACGAUCGAGAAUCCCUCGACAGUGCCUUUGCUCCCGGCUUCAUCGGCCCGAUAUGAUUUGGACGUGGAUCCCGGGGCGGUAGCUUGGAUUCCGGACGGACAACAGCGGAAAUGUACGCUGUGUCUUGAGGCUUUCAAGGACCCUAGUGUCACAACCUGCGGACAUGUCUUUUGCUGGGUGUGUGUUCGGGACUGGGUGCGGGAAAAGCCCGAGUGUCCCUUGUGUCGACAGGAGGUGCUCAUUUCUAAAGUGCUCCCAUUGAGAGGUUAA